UCUCUUGCUCUGGAAUUUUCACCUAAAAUGGAUUUUUGUUUUUGAAUAGAGAUGUUCUUACUUUACUUUGUUCCAUCUAUUUCAAAUGGCUCAUACAAGUUUCAAGUUAGGUGUUGAUUUUGGUCUGAUUGAGCAGUAGACAAAAAGUUCUUUUUCUUCUUUCACUAAAAGGAGCUGAAGGUCAAUUGUCAAAUCUAAAAUAAAAUAAUUGGAAGAAUUUUCAUCGAACUAGCACCUCAAUUUUGGUAAUCAAGGAAAACAACACGUUGAUUCAGUUUAAUUCAAGUGUGCAUAUGUACUCUUAAAUUGCAUUCCGAUUUAAAAUAUUACUUUAUAGAAAUGUUCGUCCAAACAUCUCCAUGAAUCUAGUUAUUGGAUAUAUAUUGUACUGUAAAAUGUGUGCCGAAACAUAUCUAUAUAAAACCAUUAUAAAACACAGCUUCAUUUAUUGCUUGUAUGGCACUGGUUGCAGAAUUUAUUUCCUGAGAUGGGUAAACACAAGGAUAGACCAAGGAGGAAAUCAAAUGCCAAUAUUACGAACAAGGAUCACCCCUCCAGCAGCAAAUAUUUUUCUGAUGAGCACUCGUUACAAGGCUCACAUAGGGCAGAGAUUGAAGAACUGAAUUUUCUCUCUUCAGCAUCGCUUAAACCCAAGAAGAGAAGUUCUGAAUUUUCAGAAAAUUCUCGCAGAAGUCGUAGAUUGGUGAAGAAGAACAAUUAUGGGGAUCUUGUGGAUAUUAUUCCGGGUUCAGAUAAACAGAAAUCCCGAAUACCACCUCAUCAGGAACCUGAAUCUUCAGCUCAAUUUUACAACUUGGAUGUUGAAAUGCCUGAAAUCUCUGUGAACAACAGGCAUGGAUCUUGUUUUAGCUGCUGUGAGUCGGAGCCAAGUAGCAUAGACCUAGAUGGUAUUGAGGAAACUGAAGUCAACAGACUUCUUGUAAAUGGUGAUCAGAGUUUACAUGUCGAAGGUGCCUCGUCCAACCUCACUGGAAAUCAACAAGAGCCAUGCCCAGCUAUUGAUGGGGUCCAAAAUGAGAGUGAUAAUAUGUGGAAAUUACGUGGGCCAAUCAUAUGGUAA